AUGUUUAAUAAUUGCCCAGGAUAUUUAGAUAGUUCAGGUGUCUGGAAUAAUGGUUUCAGUUGUCAACCAGUAGAUAAUCGAAUUCGUACAUGUUGUGGUCCUGAAAAUCGACGAGAAUGUUGUUUUGCUGAUCAACUUUCACAUCAAUCUGAUUUAUCUAUUGAUUCUGAUCUUUCGUCAUCAUCAUCAAAUAAAAUUACUUCCAGUAUUACUAUUACACCUUCAUCUUAUAUACUUAUUCUUACUGCUAUUGGUCUUACCUUGGUUCUACUUAUUGUAUUACUUAUCGUAUUUGCCUAUAUGAUUCGUCGUAAACUAAAAAGAUCUUCAUCGUCCUCAUCAUCAUCAUGCUCAUCAGAUUCAUCUUCAAUUAAUAAACAUUCUCGUCGUUUAUCAAUUGUUUUAGCUAGUUCAUCAAAAAGUGGUGCAAGUAGUCCUGUUCCAAGUACAUAUGUUGAUUAUUGGUCACGUACAAUUGUUUCACCAUCGGAAUGGACACUUUCUAGACCAUAUAACUCAUUUAUAGGCGGACAUCAUAGUAACAAUCAAAACUAUUAUAUUGACCAGUAA